AUGGUUCAAAAUUUUGAAUUCAUUUUUGGAGAAUUUGCAUGGCUUGGUUUUAGGAUAAAACUAAAUCUUGGAAACCCAUUUAAAGAUAAGAAAAUUAAUGAUCUUGAAAGAUAUCAAAAUGAUCUUUAUAUUGGUAGGAAUUUAACAGAGUAUUAUCAACAACCCAAAGAAGCAAGUGCUUUCUUCUUGCUCCUACUUUCGAGCUUGAACUUUGUACCUCUUGGUGUAUCAAACCCGCCUCCAACUUGUGGACCAGUUUUUCCUCCAGAUGCUGUUGCAGUUUACGCUGAAGACAUUCAUUUUUUGCAAUUUGCAUUGAAUCUAGAAUACUUAGAAGCUGAUUACUUUUUAUUUGGAGCCUUGGGCUAUGGUCUUGAUCAGGUUGCGCAAGAAUUAGCCAUGGGUGGACCACCACCCAAGGGAGCCAAGAAAGCUAACCUUGAUGAUCUUGCAAAACGUAUUGUCGAGGAGUUUGGAUAUCAGGAAGUUGGUCAUCUAAGGGUUAUUAAGUCAACAGUUGGUGGAUAUCCACGGCCGUUGUUGGAUUUAAGCGCGUCUAAUUUUGCAGCCAUUAUGGACAAUGCAUUCGGGCACCAUUUGGAGCCUCCAUUUGAUCCAUAUGCAAACAGCGUCAAUUACAUGUUGAGUUCAUACCUAAUUCCAUACGUUGGACUCACCGGCUAUGCCGGUAUGAAUCCAUUCCUCAACGGGUACAAAAUUAAAAGGUUACUAGGAGGUUUGUUAGGGGUUGAAUCAGGCCAAGACGCGGUCAUAAGGAUGUACCUAUACGAGAGGAGCCAAGAACUAGUGCACACAUACAACUACACUGUCGCCGAAUUCACAACACAAAUUUCAAAGCUGAGGAAUAAUUUGGGGAGGUGCGGAAUCAAAGAUGAAGGCGUCAUUGUACCAACGAACCUAGGAGCGGAGAAUCUAACAACCAGCAAUGUCUUAUCAGCAAUGUCUGAUUCUAAAUCUUAUGGCCGAACACCGGCUGAAAUUUUGAGAAUUGUAUAUGGAACUGGAAAUGAACAUGUUCCUGGUGGGUUCCUCCCGAACGGAGGAGAUGGAAAGAUUGCAAGACAGCUUCUAGUUCCACCACCUUAUUAUUAAAGUGCUUUGUGCCGGGAUUCUGUUGAAUAAUGUUGUAGCUCCAUACUAUAAUCAUCGAAUAAUAU